UUAUAAAACAACCCCCUCGCUCACUCUCUGCCCGACUGCGUAUUUUCCUCCAUCGUGGAUAGUGAGUGUUGCCUCGUUUGUCAUCGCACCUCUGCUUCCAUGGCGUCCGUCGCAGCUGCUGCUGUCUCCGUGCCCUCCUUUUCUGGCCUCAAGGCCGAGACCAAGGCCGCCCCCGCUAGGUUGUCCUCCACCUCCGUGGUGCGCAUGGCCCCCGUCGUCCGUGCCUCGGCCAGCAGCGAUGCCUUGAAGACCGUCGGGAAGGCCCUCCUUGCCGCCUCCAGCUCCUUGCUGCUCGUGGCCUCCGCCAAUGCCGCCACCGUGAAGAUGGGAGGUGACGACGGUGCCCUCGGGUUCUACCCCAAGGAUAUCUCCGUUGCCGCUGGUGAGUCUGUCACUUUCGUCAACAACAAGGGAUUCCCCCACAAUGUCGUGUUCGAUGAAGACGCAGUCCCCGCCGGUGUCAAGACUGAGGACAUUAACCACGAGGAUUACUUGAACGGGCCUAAUGAGAGCUUCUCCAUCACCUUCAAGACCCCCGGCACCUACGAGUUCUACUGCGAGCCUCACCAGGGUGCUGGCAUGAAGGGUGUCGUCACCGUGUCUUAGACAAUUCGCUGACUUCUCUGUGUGGUAGUAAGGAUUGCUCGUCUCAGGUUCUCUAAGGGAUCGUGCAGAAGCGUUCUUGGACUGUAGACUACGAUGUUGAUGUGUGUGUUCCGUGGCGCGCUUGCCCUGAAGACAAACGCGUUGCUUACACGAUUUAGGUUAGGUGACUCAAUUACGUUCCAAUAAAGUGGCUCGAUUCUGUUGUGCCAAUCUGUAUCGAUGCGCAUCUGCUGUGUAUUCGAUAACUAUGCCUGAAACCUCAUGCCAUUGCUUGGAAUAAAGUCGUAACUCACCGUAUGCAUGACAA